UAAAUGUUUCCAAAUGCAUAUAAGAAGAACAAACGACACAUACCAUUGAUAUAUACACGAAGUUAGAUGAAUAAAAAUAGAAUAUUAUUGUUGUUUAGUUGUUGAAGCUGCAAUAAAAAUGGCAUCAGUUACAGACGAUGAGGUUAUAAAGAAACGUCUUCUUAUAGAUGGUGAUGCGGGCAAUGAUGAAAAGAGAUUGACAAGUCUGUUGAAAACAUUCAUUCGCUGGUGUAAUAGUACUGAUGAACCUUCUAGUGAUGAAAGUCAUUUGACAGUUCAGCGUAUGUUGGCCACAUUGGCACAGAGCGAUCAUGCUAUACAGAAAUCUUCUCAAGUUUAUAGAAUGAACCUUCUGGAGCAAGAAAAUUAUGAAACUCUAAAUAAACAAAUAGAAUCCAGAAUUGAAGAAGCUGAACUGAAAAUAAAGGAGUCAAAAGAAGAAUUAAAAAUGGCUAAACAGAUCAGGAAACACAGACAAGAGUAUGAUGCUCUUGCCAAAGUUAUACAGCAACAACCUGAUAGACAGGAUACCACCAG